CGGGGUUCGCGGCCGCACCGCGGGGCCAGGUGAGGCCAACCCAUCUCAUCCAUCCCUCCAGGCAUGGAUUCGCCCAGGAGGCACUAAACGGCCGCUGGGUGGCAGCCAACAGACGCGCUCACCUGCGCGCUCACCUGGGCGCGGGCGCUUCCGCAGGAAGGAGGAAGCAGCUGCCGCCGCCCGGAGCUGCCUGCCUGCCACCAUGUCGGCCUCGGCUGUCUUCAUCCUGGACGUCAAGGGCAAGCCUCUGAUCAGCCGCAACUACAAGGGCGACGUGCCCAUGGGCGAGAUCGACCAUUUCAUGCCCUUGCUGAUGCAGCAUGAGGAAGAGGGCUCCCUGGCCCCGCUGCUGAGCCACGGCCGGGUCCACUUCCUGUGGAUCAAACACAGCAACUUAUACUUGGUGGCCACCACGCUGAAGAACGCCAACGCCUCGCUGGUGUAUUCCUUUCUGUACAAGAUGGUGGAGGUCUUCUGCGAGUACUUCAAGGAGCUGGAGGAGGAGAGCAUCCGCGACAACUUCGUCAUCGUCUACGAGCUGCUGGACGAGCUCAUGGACUUCGGCUUCCCGCAGACCACCGACAGCAAGAUCCUGCAGGAGUACAUCACGCAGCAGGGCAACAAGCUGGAGACGGGCAGGUCGCGGGUGCCGCCCACCGUGACCAACGCCGUGUCCUGGCGCUCCGAGGGCCUCAAGUACAAGAAGAACGAGGUGUUUAUCGACGUGAUCGAGUCGGUGAACCUGCUGGUCAGCGCCAACGGGAGCGUGCUGCUCAGCGAGGUGGUGGGCAGCAUCAAGCUCAAGGUCUUCCUGUCGGGCAUGCCCGAGCUGCGGCUGGGCCUCAACGACCGCGUGCUCUUCGAGCUCACUGGCCUUUCAGGCAGCAAGAACAAGUCGGUGGAGCUGGAGGACGUGAAGUUCCACCAGUGCGUGCGGCUCUCGCGCUUCGACAACGACCGCACCAUCUCCUUCAUCCCCCCGGACGGCGACUUCGAGCUCAUGUCCUACCGCCUCAACACGCAGGUGAAGCCGCUCAUCUGGAUCGAGUCUGUCAUCGAGAAGUUUUCCCACAGCCGCGUGGAGAUCAUGGUCAAGGCCAAGGGCCAGUUUAAGAAGCAGUCGGUGGCCAACAGCGUGGAGAUCUCCGUGCCCGUGCCCAGCGACGCCGACUCCCCUCGCUUCAAGACCAGCGUGGGCAGUGCCAAGUACGUUCCCGAGAAGAACGUGGUCAUUUGGAGCAUCAAAUCCUUCCCGGGUGGCAAGGAGUAUCUGAUGCGAGCUCACUUCGGCCUGCCCAGCGUGGAGAAGGAGGAGGUGGAGGGCCGGCCUCCCAUCGGGGUCAAGUUUGAGAUCCCCUACUUCACUGUCUCUGGGAUCCAGGUCCGAUACAUGAAAAUUAUUGAGAAGAGUGGGUACCAAGCUCUGCCCUGGGUACGCUACAUCACCCAGAGUGGCGAUUACCAGCUUCGAACCAGCUAGAAGGAAGAGAUGUCUGGGGCCCUUCCGCUCUGUCUCCCUAGGGCCCCGCAGGGAGACGGGUGUGUGUGGUCAUGUGUAUAUCUGCGCUCGCAUGUAUGUGGCCUGGGUACACAGACCUUCCCCGCAGACACACACACGGGCUGUGUAGGUGUGCUUGCAUGUUUGCAGUGUGUCCGCCUGUACAAGGGUGUGUGUAUGUGGAGGUAUGUGUUGUGCGUGUAUGUGAGACACAGCAACCCCUGGCCCCCCGAAGCCUGGGCCGGCCUGGGGAGAGGGGUGGACACCCACCCUGCCCUGCCUCGGAGCUGCUGUCCCCCCCCUCUUCCUCCCUGAUUUUAUAUGAAGAAAUUGAGGGGGCCGAAGCUCCCCCCUUCCUGAGUGCCUUCCUGAAGCGACCUGCCUUAGGGGGGUGUGUCAGGGCCCCUCCUCCCUCCACAGAGGCCGCUCUGUUUUGGGGUAUCAUUAAAAACAACAGC